AUGAUAGAGAACAAAGACAAUAAAGAUUGUGCAGAUGAAGUAAUCCGUUCACUUGGUAAUGGUGAGACGGGGAAGGUAUGUGGAGCUAACUUACAUGUUCGUCAUGGCAGAACCGUUCUUAUACUAAGACCAGGAAUGCAGACAAUCUCCUACCUGAGUUUGGAAGUAAAGCCACACUGUAAUACGACCAUGUGGACAAAGCUUGAAAGCAAUGUAAAAUCAGCACUUACUUUUCUCCACUCCGUGAGAAGACUGCAGUCAUGUCACCUGAAGUACUUGCCAAUGCCGAUGUUCCAUGCUGCAGAUAGAAGCCCACAGAGUGACCGACGAAGAAAUCUCAAAGCAUGA